CAAGCGCAUACUGAUUGCACAUCAAGGGUACGUCAGUGCGUAARUCAAGGAUUUCAUGGAAUAUGGCUGAUUGCAAAGAUCGUGGCAACCUCUUCGAUUGUGAUGGAUCUUGCUCAAGAAGCAUUGUACUUGCUUGYGAUGGCAGCAAACACAGUCAUAGAGCCCUAAAUUUUUACUAUGACAACAUCAUGAAGCUUGAUGAUCAUGUCUUCAUCUACCACGCAUUUGAGCUGCCGUCAAUGCCUUCCGCACCCUACCCAUAUAGCUUUUCGUACUAUGAAGAAUGGAGUAAGUUUGUCAAAGAGGCAGAUAAGAACGCUGUUGAAGUCCUAAAGUCAGCCGGAGAACACCUACUACACAAAGUACGCGAAAAGCAUCCGCGUCACGACAAAGAACAUCACGCRAAGCCGCACAUUCAACUUUACAAAGAAAACGGCCGUGCAGGCGAAGUAAUAUGUGGAUUUUGCAAAGAAGUGCAGCCAUCUUUGCUGAUAAUGGGCUCCCGUGGACAAGGGACUCUUCGACGCACRCUGCUGGGUAGYGUCAGUGAUUACUGCAUCCAUCAUAAUGAAACUAAUGUUCCUAUAAUGGUGAUACCUCCAUCAUCAGAACAGUCAGAC